UUUGGCACAGUGGCAACAGGACGACUACAGGUCUACUUUUUGAGCAAAAAGGAAUACCCCAGCCAUAUUUGGUCAUGUUUUAAUCUUGUUUUUUCUUUUCUUUGUCUUUUUCUUGUUUAAUCAUCACUAAGAGACGGAGAGAAGAAGGUCUACACCCCACCAGGAUAUAGAUUAGCAUUAUUUUUACAAGGUUACUUUAUCACUGUUUGGUUAAUCAUUUUCAAUUUGUUUGAAAAGAGUCCAUCCUCAUUCACACAGCGCACAACACAGUGCAUGUCUUACUUUCUGAUACGCUAUAUAAUCAGUAUACGCAGAGACCACAGACAACCAUGGGGAACAAACCCUCAAGUCAACAACAACAGGAAAGGAAGAAAAUUGUCUUUUAUUCCAAAGAGAAAGAAGUUUACAGGAUUCCUGCUCUUUUCUAUGCCAAUGACAAACAAAUCUUUAUGGCCUUUGCAGAGCAGAGGAGGACCGCAGAUGAUACAAGUUCAAAAAAUCUGGUAAUGAAAACAGGAACGUUGAAGAUAGAGGAAUCCUCCAGUGUGAGGACAAUUGAGUGGUCUGAACUCAAACUGGUGAAGGAGGCACAUCUUCAUGGCUACCGUCCAAUGAACCCCUGCCCAGUGUAUGAGAAAAGAAGCAAAAAACUGUUCCUUUUUUUCAUCUGUGUUGAGGGCACUGUCUCAGAGUGCUGGCAGAGAUUCUGGGGCUGCAACAAGGCCCGUCUCUGCUAUGUUACAACUAUAGAUGCUGGCCAAAGUUGGAGCAGUGUGACUGAUUUGACAACCAAACUGGGUGAAAUUAAAAACUGGUCCACAUUUGCUGUUGGGCCAGGCCAUGGUCUCCAAACAGAGAGUGGUAGAUUGAUUGUCCCACUUUAUGCUUUUACUUCUCUCUUCCGCUCAUAUGCACUCUAUCUGUAUAGCGAUGAUAUGGGCAAUAAUUGGCAAUUUAGCAAUAUGCUUCAAACAAAAUCAAAUGAAUGUCAAAUGGCAGAGGUUUCUGAUGGCAUCUACUGCAAUGCACGUAGUGAUGGAGGCUAUCGAGUGGAAGCUCUUGAUAUGAACACUCUGUUUCCCAAAACCCUUGCGGAAACAGGUUCAGGCUGUCAGGGAAGUGUGGUCUCCUUUCCAGCUCACGGUGAACAUUUACCAAACAAGUGGCUGCUCUUCACCCACCCAAGUGAUAAAUCCAGUAGGAUUAAUUUAGGAGUGUAUCUGAAUAAAUCCCCGAGUGAUCCAAAAGCAUGGAGCAAACCCUGGAUCAUCAACAAAGGACCCAGUGGUUACUCAGAUCUGGCUUACAUUGGUGAUGGUUGGUUUGCAUGUCUAAUGGAGCGUGGGGAGCAGAAAGAAAUUGAGCAGAUAGCCUCUAUAGUUUUUAGCUACAACGAAGUCAACCAGGGCAUUGUAAAGAAAAAAUAAAUCAUUACCUUUAUCUGUGCUGAAGCCUUCUCUCUCUGGUUAAUCCUUGUAAAACGAUUAAAGACCCUACAAAUGCACCUGACUUUAAGAUGCUGAGAUUAUAUAACCAACCUUGAAAAUGUAUGAUAAUAUGCUAAUGCUAAUGGAGUGUGGAAGGCAUUGUGAAACUGAUCACAUAGGUUUUAAGAUUUUUAGCUACAAUGAAGUCAAAGAGAGCACAGGAAAGUAAAAAGACAACUUUUUUCUGCAGAGUCACCACAAAUUAUAUUUCGUUUUCCUCAAAUGAGUAACCUGUUGUGUUCUAUAAGUAAUACUAUUGCACUGACUACUUAAUAUAUUACAUGUUGGAUUGACAUUGAUAGAAUCAAAGUUAUAAUACACUACCCAUUAAUAUUAUUUAUUCUGUUUUGAUUUCAGCUGUAACAACCAUAUUGUUUCUACGUGAUUCUGUACUAACAUUGUAUACUUCUGUUAAUUUAAACAAAGCUCCUGACAGAGUUUGUGUUUUUAUUUGAUCAAAUUCAAACAAUAAAACAGGAUUUUUGAAUGUG